CAGACACUGUUGUGAAGCCUUAUUCCUUUAGAGAACUUUGUCGAGGUUGGUACCUUAUCAAGGAUAGAUGCAAGACUUAAAUAUGAUUGUCAAUCCAACCUAAACAGAAGUAAAAUAUUCUGACGCCACCUCAUUACUGAAACGGCGAGCCAGAGUAACCCGGCAGGAAGAAAAGACAAAGCAAUAACUUGAGGUUACACUUGGGACCAUUGUUUGCCUCUGUUCCGCUGAAUAGGCUCUUUAUGCGUUGAUUUUAAACAGACUCAGGAGGUAAAAUGAAUUGGAGAACUGGGUACCCAUUGUUGCUGUGGCUCCUGAGCUUUAGCUGCAGUGCUAUGUGUGAGGAAAAUGAUUUCUCUGACUCAAUGGAGAAUCACACAGGAGGGACAACUGCUCCUGAAGUGCAAGUGUCUUAUUGCCCUCCUGAUUGCAGCUGUAACCUGGAUGGAACCGUAGAUUGUGGUGGGGUGGAUUUAAAGGAAUUUCCCAGGAACUUAUCAAAGUCAAUAUUGCAUCUAUCUUUGCAGAACAAUGCUUUAGAGGUGAUCCCUAUGGAGGAGUUAUCAAGGCUUCAGAAUCUGGAGACUUUUAACUUACAGAAUAACCGGCUUACUUCAAAAGGACUUCCAGAUGACGCAUUUUGUUCUCUUGAGAACUUGUUGUAUUUAUACCUGGCGAAUAAUAAGCUUACAGUUGCUCCAAAAUACUUGCCGAAAACCUUGGUUAGUGCUGACGUUGCAGCAAAUUACCUUACAAAGAUCUAUCCCCUCACUUUUGGGCAGAAGCCAAAUCUAAGGUCUAUCUAUCUCCAUAACAAUAAGCUUACGGAUGCAGGAUUACCUGAUCACAUGUUUAAUGGAUCUGAUGGUGUUGGAAUAUUAAUCAUGUCAAGUAAUUUCUUGAAGUAUGUUCCCAAGAAUUUGCCGAAGGAAUUAUUCAGAUUACAUUUAAAAAACAAUAAACUUGAAAAGAUUCCUAAAGGAGCUUUUGAUAAUCUUUCUAACCUUCGAGAACUGUAUCUUCACAACAAUUACAUAACCAAUGAUGGAAUAGACAACGAAACAUUUUGGAAACUGUCAAGCUUGGAAUACCUGGACUUGUCAAGUAACAAUCUGACUCAAAUACCAAGUGGGUUACCUCGGAAUAUUAUUCUCUUACACUUGGAGAAAAACGCUAUCAAAUCAAUACCUGGUAACUGGCUGACACAAAUAAAAAACCUUGAAUACCUCUUACUUCAUAACAACAAGAUAAAGGCGAAAGCAAUUCACCAACUUGCAUUCAAAGGGCUUAAGAAACUCCAUACCUUUCACCUCUACAAUAAUAUGCUCGAAAGAAUCCCAAGUGGCUUACCACGACGGGUGAAGACUUUAAUGCUUCUCCAUAAUCAGAUCUCAGAAAUUUCCAGAAAUGAUUUUGCUCACACAUAUUUUUUGACAGAGCUCAAUCUGAGUUACAAUAAACUAACGAGUCCCAAAAUCCACCCAGAUGCAUUCCGGAAAAUGAGGCUGCUUGAAUCCUUGGAUUUCUCUGGAAAUAAUCUAAAUGUUGUGCCCAGUGGUCUGCCAAAGAAUUUGCAUGUAUUGAGGCUAAAGGAAAAUGAAAUAAAUUCAAUUCCUGAUGGCUCACUCUCAGGAAUGACAAAACUGAAGGAGCUCUUCUUGAGUAAUAACAAACUUAAACUGAACUCCAUCUAUCCAGGAGCAUGGAAACAAUUGUCUAAUCUACAGCUUUUGGAUCUGUCAGGCAAUCAGCUCUCUUAUGUUCCUUAUGAUCUGCCAGAGUCUCUUGAAUAUAUUUACCUCCAAAACAAUCAGAUUUCUGUCAUCCCAGAAGAUGCUUUUGAAUCGACACCAAACAUCAAAGGAAUUUUUCUUAGAGACAACCGACUCACAACGAGUAGAGUAAAAGAAACUGCAUUUGAGAAGCUGAAGUUCUUACAAGUGCUGGAUAUGGGAGCAUACUCUGAGUCCUCUUCCACAUCCAAAAAGGAUGAUGGCACCUCAGGAUACAAUUUAGAAAAUGAUAGUGAACAGAAUGAUAAGUAAUUAUACAUGGAAAAUAACCAUCACAUUUAGUGUUGUGUUUUCCAUAUACUAUUUGUUGGCUGGCAUUGCUAAGUAGAGGUAACCUGAAAUAACUAUUACUGCCUCCUCCAAAUGGUCCCUACUUCUCUAAACUCCACCAAAUGUCCCCAUCAUAUGAUGCCCUUACCUCCCUGUUCUCCUCCUUCUUCCUCCACACUCAAUCAUCUUAACUAUACAGCCCAUCUAUUUCCUUGAUGUCCACACAUCCAUGCUCUUGACUAGUCAGCUUGACUUCUUCAGUCUCAUGCUUGCUGACAUUAUAGAAACAUCGAAAAUAGGAGCAGGAGGAGGCCAUUCGGCCCUUCGAGUCUGCUCCACCAUUCAUUAUGAUCAUGGCUGAUCAUGCAACUCAAUAACCUGCUCCCGCUUUCUCCCCAUACCCUUUGAUCCCUUUCGC